AUGAAGACAUCCAAAAGCUUCUUCAUCUUGGCUGCGAGUACUGGUGUUGCUCUGGGACAGUUCUGUGAGCACCAGUGGGAGGGGAGCUUCGCAGACCACAAGGUCAACGGUGUUCCGUAUCUGCAGGCAAGACAGGACGUUCCGGCGCCCCCUCUGGAGAUCCAGCCCCUGAUUGUAAAUGGACCGUCGAGCAAUCGCAUCGAUCUCAUCUUCUUUGGCGAUGGAUAUACCGAGGAUGAAAAGGACAAGUUCUUCGCCGAUGCCCUCUUCCUCGCCGCAAACCUUACGGACGGACAGACCUAUGCCAGUGUUCUUCCUCUGAUGAACUUCUGGGCUGGCUUCUCAUCGAGUGCCGAGAGCGGCAUAGGCGUCGGCGGGCAGCCACUGGACACCGUUUACGGGCUUUACCGCGAUGGCACCGAGCUGCGUGGUGUGUAUUACGAUAAGCCCGAGGUGGCUCGCGCUGCAUGUCAGUCAACAGAUGCUUGUGACUUUCCUAUUCUUCUAGGGAACGACCCUUUAUAUGGAGGGCUCGGCGGUACAUUCACCACCGUAACUGUCUCUCCCAUUAAUGGGCCCGCAGUUCUUCGGCACGAGCUAGGUCAUUCAAUCAUCGGAGUCGGCGAGGAAUACGACGGGGGGCAGGUGUAUCGCGGUGUCAACUCGGCGCAGUCCACCGACUCCGUUCCUUGGGAGCUAUGGUACACCGAGCCAGCCACCGAGCCCAAGAUUCAGCGGUCCAAUAUGCCUAUCCAGGCAUACCCCUGGACGUUGCUUAACGCGACCCAAAGCUGGAGCCAGACCUUCGUCUCGACGGGCACAUAUGCCUCUUACUUGCUCCAGUUCAGCGUGAGUGGCAUGACUGCCAGCACCGACUUGCGGGCCGAGAUCGAUGGAAAGGACGUUGGCUGGGCGAUAAAACCAGAAGUCGGAGUGGAUAGGUACAUCUAUAACAUGAAGAUGGACAAGGGGCUGGCGCCAGGAGAGCACGAGGUGAAGUUCAGCCUACUGAACGAGGCCAUUGAAGGCAGCGCGCAGCUUUGCAACCUUGAGGUUAUGGAAUACGGAGAAGAAUUCGAUCUUGAAUUGGGAUAUCAUGGAUUGUAUCCUACAUUCUCAGACAUCAACGAAACCACCUACCGCCCGACCAACAACAUGUGUCUUAUGCGGGAUAUCUACACCGCAAACUUCUGCAACGCCUGUAUGGAAGGCCUGUGGCUAUCCCUGCUCGGUCCACUUUCCUUCAUCGACAACAUCACCCAAGUGGCUCUGCCAGACGGCUCCAUAAACGCCACCGUCCACCUGAUCUCACUCGCGCAGUCCAGGCAGGUCCCAACCCCACACGAGGAAGCGUAUACAAUCUUGUGGUACUGCACCGAUGAGAACGUAGUCCUUGAGGACUGGACCAAUAGCACGAGCGCGAUCAUACCGCAGGGGGUUACGGAGUUCGGAGUCGAGGUCAAAUUUUGGACGGAGCAGGUCAGGGUUGACAACGCUGGUAUCCUGGCAGAGAAGCAGAGGUCUUCUGUGGCACGAUAA